AUGAGCGCUACUACGGACAAAAGAACGGCAUCGCAACCCAAGGUGGAAAAAGCCGCAUUGCUGGACGAUGAAGGAGAUCUCACAGAAAAGUUUGAAUCAGCCCUGAUCCGCAUCUUUGCCCGUUACUCAAGCUCAUACAAGAAAGCGCAUCCCGAAUUUGACGCUUCUGGUAGCAACGCCUCCUCGUCACUACCGCGCCCUGCUGCCACAGAUGUGUUGACAGAAGCCGACCUAGAUAGAUUCUCAUCGGUAGCAAACGGCGCUGCACUACCACAGGAGUCGAAGGACGAGAUCAAGGAGUUCUUGGAUACCGACAAAGAGGGCAACCUUAGUUUUCGUGGAUUCGUGGAAAUGUACCAUUUGCAAAGCGAUAACGAUCCGCAAGAGACUUGGAAGGAUCUAGACAAGCACGGAUUUGAUGAUCAAUUAGAGUACAAGGGUGGAGAUGGUGAGGCGGAGGGGGAGGAUGAAGCAUGA